ACUUAGCUUGUUAUUGGAUUGGAAUGAUUGGUGGGCUAACCUAACGAUACCAUAUAAAACCCAGAAAGUUGUUUCGAUGAACACCAGAAGAGCUCACAGAUUGGAAGAAGAUCCAAUUGCAAACAAGUGGUCAGUCAGAUACUGGCUACUGUAAACACAGUAAGGAUUCGAAGGAAACGAAAACUGAAAGAGUGUAAACAUUUGCAUCUAUUUUGUGUUUUAAACAAUAUUGAAAUGUCUGAGGACGAUCUUAAACUGUUGUCCUGCCACUUUACAUGGGGCUUGCUAAAGGAGGAUGCUGAUCUUAACUUUCUCGAAGUGAAAGUUCGUGAAAAACUUUCGGUAAAAGGCGAGUAUGUAGGAAACCUGAAACAAAGAGAUUUCAAUUUUUUGGCCUUCAUUAAACAUUUGCAAGGUUUGAACGACGAGGCGCUUAAGAACCUGCAACUAGCAAAGGAGGAACAUCCGGAGGAUGACAGGCAUGUGAUAGUGAUGUAUGGAAACUUGGCCUGGGUGCACAGUCUCAUGGGCAACGCAACUGAGGCUGAGAAGUACGUGGAGAAAGUAAAUGAAAUCCUUAAGGCUUUCCCCACCUCAUCUCCAACAGAGCUUCACAGAGAAGUUCAGAGUGAGAAAGCCUGGUCGCUUCUGAAGUUUUCGAGAAAGUCCUACGCCAGGGCGCAGGAGAGUUUCCUUGAAGCUCUACAGAAAGAGCCGGAUGACAAGGAAUGGAACACGGGCUUUGCCUUUUCUCUGUUCCGUCUGGAGGGACUGAAGAUUGGCCAGCACAAGCGUGUGCGUUUUGAAGAGUCUCCAGCUGUGCUCCAGUUAAAGAAAGCUCUGAGUCUGGACCCGAACCAUGCAAUGAUUCACGUGUAUCUGGGGUUGAAGUGCUACAAGAAUGAAAAGAAUGCAGAGGCAUGGCAGUACAUGACUCAGGCCAUCAAAAUGGCUCCGGAUAACCUCAGCGUUGUUUUGCAUGUUGCAAAGUUCAUGAAGAAAGAGCAGCGUUAUGACACGGCCCUGGAGGUGUUGAUUAAAAUGCUGAAGAAAGCGCCAGACUCAUCACGCUUACAUCUCGAGAUCGCUAACAAUUACCGCUGGAAAGCCAUGCAGAUUGACGACAUACACAAUCCGGAGUUGCUGGGCCUUUGUGUUCACCAUUUAGAGAAGGGUGCCAGUUUAAACCCAGGUCACAUAUACCCACAGCUGGAGUUGGCACAGAGGUAUGCAGAACUAAAGCAGACGGCUAAAGCAGAGCAGAAGUUCUCUGAGCUGUUUGCCCUUCCCGACCUAAAGCCAGCUGACCGUCAAGCCUGGCAUCGCAUGUAUGGGGAUUUCCAACUAUACAGGCUGGGCUCAGAGAGAGCCGCGGUCGAGCAAUACAAACAGGGCAUGAGGCUGGGACGAGUGUCCACCGAAUGGACCAGUUGCAAAAACCGACUGAGAAAAGUCCUUCAGCGUGACAGACGGGACACAUACGAGAUCCGAAUGUUCUUUGCUUCCUUUAGAACGGAGAACAAAGAUUUUUGAGAGAGAACAUAGGCUUCAAUAAUGCAAUGAGCUAUCAUUAUGUUUAUGGAAAGUCCCCAUAAAACCUUUCAAAUCUUAAAAUCUGCAGACAUUUAGAUUGAUUGCUGAAUUGCUUGUUUUCACCACAGUCAUAUUUUCUUCAAUAGGCUAGCAGGAAUGUUGCUUUAUCCAAAUUUUUUAAAUAAACAAACAAACAAACAAACAAACAAAUCAUUUUAAGGUGCUUACUUUAAAGUCCAAACCUAUUGAAUAUUUCCCUUAAUUGUCCCUAUAGUCACUAUUGUUAUCAGGAUGUUUUCUUCCAUCAUUGAGCAUAGCCUCCUUUCUGUUUCUAUUACAGUUUAUGCUGCUGCUGUAACUGUUAUAAUGCAAAUGGGUGACACACCACAAUUACAAAUAUGCUAAAUAAAAACAAACACUAGUGAUAUCAGGCAAUAAAAAUAAAGUGUUAAAAGUGAAAGUCGCAUGUAUUCAGAUGAUAAGGCAGACUGGUGUGUUUAUUAUUGGAAGCUGCGCUGUUGAACUCAGUCCAGCUCACAGUGACCGCUCAGCAUGACUGAAGUGGAGAGCUGACUUGUGCUUUUCUGCUGCACAAACAUGUACUUAUAGCUUGAAGGAUGGUGUUACUGCAGUACAAUACAUGCAAAUCUUAUAAUAAGAGGAAAUGUUAAAUAGCACCAACAUAUAAUAAAGUUGUCACAGUUCUGCUGAAAAUAAUGUGUGCUGAAUAGGAAUUUGAGUACACUCUUAGAAGAAAAGGUUCUAUAUAGAACCUUAAAAGGUUCUAAAGUGCUACGUAUUUGGAAC